AUGAUGCCGAACUCGUUCCCAGCUCACCGGCCCACCGAGUCAAUUUACCGCCAACUCGUCGAGUUUGCUAAAACCGUCCUCGUCAGGAUCUUCGUUCCCCCUUACGCCACCGUGUGUGAUUUGUACUGCGGGAGAGUACCCGAUGAAGAAAAAUGGGAUGAAGCUCAAAUUGGUCACUACAUUGGCAUUGAUGUGGCAACAACUGGAUUGAAUGAAGUAAAAGAAGCAUGGGAGAGUCAGCGCAAGGCUUACACUUCUGAGUUCUUUGAGCUUGAUCCUUGCAUUGAGGACAUGGAGCCGCAUUUGAAGGACAGGGAAGAUAAGGCUGAUAUUGCUUUCUGUAUGCACCAUUUGCCGCUGUGCUUUGAAUCUGAGGAGAAAGUGAGGAAACUGUUGUACAAUGUCUCAUUGCUGCUGAAACCAGGAGGUUAUUUUAUUGGUAUCACUCCCGACUCAUCUACAAUAUGGAAUAAGUACCAGAAAAAUGUUGAAGCAUACCACAACAAAAGUAGUGGAAUGAAGCCCAACAUUGUUCCCAACUGCAUUAGAUCUGAGGGCUACAUGAUCACUUUUGAAGUUGAGGAAGAGAAGUUCCCCUUCUUUGGUAAAAAGUACCAGUUGAAAUUUGCAGGUGAUAUUUCUGCCGAAACCCAUUGCUUAGUCCAUUUCCCAAGCUUACUCAGUAUGUUUGGCAGCCCAAAGCUUGUUAGUGUUUUGCCUAAGUGCCAUAUAUUAGCACAGGGAAUAGCUUCCUUCAAGCUUGAUACUAUUACUGCAUCUUGUGUCCCCCUUGGGUCUGUCAUGCAAAGAUGUUUCCAUCAAAUCAGGUUGGCUAGAGAUGCUGGUCUUGAGUACAUGGAGAUAACAAACUUGACUGAAUUUUAUGACGAUAAUAGAGCACAAUUUGCAGGGAUGUUGAUGGAUGCUGGUCCCAACCUUGUUGAUCCUAGAGGGAGACUUCUUCCCAGAUCAUAUGAUGUUUUAGGUCUAUACACCACAUUCAUUUUUCAAAAGCCUGAUCCAGAUAUUGCCCCUCCUCUCUCCACACCAGUGUUGGAAGAUGGGAGCUACAAUCAUGAUGAGGCAAAUUGGCAAGGGACUGAUUGGAGAGAGGACGAGAAGAAUGGAAAGACGGACUCAGCUUUCAGCUUGGGGAAGAUAACCGAGCAGAAAGGCAUCUUAGGUCCCGGUCCAGCAGAAUUGCGCUUUCCAGAAGCUCUUUGA